UCUACCCGAAUUAGAACCGUCGAUACUCGGGCCUAACUGAAACUACCUUCGAGUUUGGCCGUGCCCUCGAGACGCCCCGCUAUAUGCGCGCGUCGGGAUGGACGCACCUCGUCGACUCGCAGCGAGGUCGAGAUCGUUACGAGAGCCGCUACCGCGCUCGCGAGGAGACUGCGGCGGCGGUGGGUUACGCAGGAGCGGAGGAGAGCGAGCGGCUGCUGCAGGCAAGGCCGCGGGACAGAGGUCACGGCGGGGUCACGGAUCGAGCACAACGAAUGGCCGAGAACGGCGAGGCGCUCAAAUACAUCGAGCUGGUGCUUCGGCAGCUGCGAAGGGCCAGCAGAGAUCAUCGGCGACUCGUGCAGCAACGUCACGCGGACUUCCGUUGCAGAAUCGGCGAAGGAUCGAGGUCGCGUUUCGAAGACGAGCGAGUCUGGCGGCAACAGGACAGACGCGAGAGUCCGGCGGGCAGAAUGUGCUCUCGCUCCACGAGCGGCCCGUGGGAAUCGGACGUGAGCUCGAGGGAGGAGGUCGCCGGCCGAUCGAGCGAGUCUCCACGACCGGACGUCACGACGAGGUUGCUGACGAAGAGACGGGAUUACGGCGGAACGGCGCAGAGCAGCACGGCCGGCGUUUUGGACGGGAUUACCGCGGCCGCUUACCAAGACUUGAGGUACGUUCCCGAGGACUGGGAGAGCGCGCGGGAGACGUUCGGCGCGUGGAGUCUGCCUGAGACUCCGUCGAGCCACGGCAAAAGGACGUCCUCCACCCUGGUUUAGCGCGGACGGGACUGGCGCUUUGUGAGCCGACGGAUUCAAUUUCACGAGGACCGCAUCGCGGAACGGCUGGAAAUGAGGAGAAUCGCCGAGAUGGGGAGAAGGUAUCGAUGAUAGAAGCGUCUAUGAUCGUCUCUCGCUCGUGUUUACGAUAUGCUUGCCUACUACUUGAAAUCAAACUAAUGCUCGCCCGCGGUGGUGACACAUUGAAGAGCCUACGUGCGGCAAGGGCGCCGAUAUAUCAAAGAGGAAAACGGACCGUACUCUCCUCUUUUGGGUCAAUAAGAUUAGAUUUAGGAAGAGCGCCGUGAGAAAGAGAGAGAGAGUAGCAGUGUGCUCGGGGAUUCGUGAGUACGAAGGGCGAUGGUUGGGUUCGUGGAUCGAAGGUACUCACUUCGGUCGAUUCGAAAACAGACCACUCGGUAUCGACAAUCUUCUAUUGACGUACUUUAGAUCUUCUAUAAGCAUUUAAUAAGACUCGUUGCGUGCGAAAGAACGGC